AUGCAUCUCUUCCGCCGAGGGGCAUACUCCCUCUUCAACUCCUCGAACGCCUCCCUCGCCUCUUCCAAGACCGAUGCCACGACCGACGCUGUGGGCGACAAUGCCCUCGCCGCAGAGGGAUUCCAGAAAGUCACAUCCAGCGAUAAGCUGUUUAGAACCGUCGACCCAGCUGUAGACGGGGAAGACUGCUUGCACGACUGUGCUACAUGCACGGUCAAGUACCCCGCGAAAUUCGAUAUCGACCUCCAAGACGAACUAUACGGACAGGUCAAUGGGUGGGCGACGCACCUGCUCGUCGCAACCGGCAAAUCAGAUUGGGUCAGAGAUGUGGCAGAUGAGGAGGGGAGUGUCAUGGAAGCAAUUGAGAAGGGAGGACUAGAACCGAGCAAUGGGAGACUCAAGCUGUCAGCAUCGAACAUGCCUGUCCCAGACGAAUACCACAUGGAAGAAAAAGGGAAACAGCCAACAAACGUCCUCCUCCUGCCCAGCUUCACCGUCGUAGAGCACGUCACGCCGCAACUGGUUCCAGAUUUGAUUGAGAACUUUGUCAACAAAUCCCUGACAACCACAACACCACUCGGUGGCGCAUCGUUGGAACUCUCGCCUCCAUCCUCCCCCGACAACGAACAAAGCGGCCAAGCAGAGCUGCCGCACCCAUCCACAACAUCCAUCACUUCCCUCCACUCCCGCCCCUGCCCACACGCAGCAGUAAUCCUACUCUGCUCCCAGCGCACGCGUGACGCCCGCUGCGGCCAAUCUGCACCACUCCUCAGGAAGGAAUUUGAGCGUCACUUGCGGCCGCUCGGGUUAUACCGCGAUAUGGACGACGAGAGACCUGGCGGUGUGGGUAUCUACUUCAUCAGUCAUGUCGGUGGACAUAAAUACUCUGCCAAUGUGAUUGUGUACCGUCGACGAGACUUCGACUGGUACAAGCGUGGUGCUGUUGAGGGUGUGGAUCGUGAGGAUGAGGGUGCUGCGCAAGGAAUCUGGCUGGCGCGUGUGCGGCCCGAGGAGUGUGAGAAUAUUAUCAAGUAUACUGUUCUCCAGGGUAAGUUGCUUAAGCCUGGAUCACAGUUGCGAGCUGGGUUUGAUCGAGAGCGCGGUGUAACGAGUUGGUAA